AUUGCGGAAAGCGCAACGAAUGUGUUGUGUUUUUGUUUAAGAUUUAAGACCGCCAUGUUUGAUUGUGGACGGGCAGCGAACGGACGUGCUUCACAUGACGUUGCGGACGACGAGCAGCUCGUGAGAUGAGGCUCAGUCAGUGUUGUCGCUAAUGGUGUUGAGAGAGGAUGCUCAGCGUACAGUGAUGUGAAGUGAACAAAAAAAAGUACAGAAUGGCGGAGAACGCGGCCAGGGCCUCUUUUCGCAGGGGCCGCAACGAGCCCGCGUCCAGGAGGAGCAGCAGCGCCGACAAGAUGCUGCCCGCGUCGCCGCCCGAGACCAGGUCAACUGUAAACAAGGCUUCCGAAAGGCGGGCACCUGAGGUUAAUUCGCCCGGCAGGCUCUACCAGCAUCGGCACCCGCAGCAGCAGCAGCCGCAGCUGCCAGUGCCACACCGAGGCCCCCGAAGUUUGCUGCUGCACCGAGGCAACGAUGGAUUCGGCUUCACGCUGCGCCACUUUAUCGUCUACCCUCCCGAUUCAUAUUCGGUGUUGGCGGGAGAGCAGCGGCUCGGCAUCCGGCAGGCGCACACCCGCCCUGAUGAGCCUAUGGACACAAUUUUCGUGAAGCACGUGCGCGAGCAAAGUGCGGCACACCAGGCAGGAUUGAAAACAGGUGAUCGCAUCGUUUGCGUGAAUGGCAAAGUCAGCCUGAACUACGCCCAAGUUGUGCAACUCAUCCAGCAGAGCGAGAACUAUCUUCAUCUUUUGGUGGUGCCCAAGGAGGAUGAUCUUUUGCAGCUGUAUUUUGGCGAGACUGCCCACAACCCUUACACAAACCAGCGUCCAAGGGAGGUCCAGCAUUUGUACUCCUUACCUGACGAGGGCGUGAAAUCUCGUUCUACACACAGGCCGCCCCAUUCGUCCUCGUCCUCCCUGUCCUCUCAGAAAAACAUGCUCACCUACUCGAACACAGGCGGCCACGCAGAGGCGUUGGCCGGCCGCAUCCUGGACACGCGUUCGCUGACGCGCCAGGGCAGCAGCCGUCGCUCGAGCGAGGGCAGCGUGAGCGGCGGCCGGCCGCUCAACGGCCACCAGGCGGCCAGCCUGGUGAGCAGUGCCGAGAGCGUGCGCAGCGCCGUGGCCGCGGCCGCCUCGCGCCGCUUGACCGAGGACCGGCGUCGCGAGUCGUCCGCGUCGCUGCCCUCGGACUCGCCGCGCCUCUCCGUCUCGUCGGACGUCGAAGCCGACGCGUCUGUGAUAACUAGGAUUAAGAAGAGUUUCGAACAGAAAGAGGAGUUCCUAAAGAGACCAAAUCAGCCCAUCUGCCUGCCCAACGCGCCCAAGGAGUUCUACGCCGUGCCCAACAAGUUCCAGAAGCCGCAGUGGCCGCCCAACCAGCCCGAGGACUCCCUCUCGGACGACACGCCCACUUCCCCUCCGCUGUCCGCGACGGCCACCGCCAGGGCCCAGUUCAUGUACGGCGGCCCCGUCACCAGCUUUGCGUCAACCACGCCGGCCAACACCUCCUCCCCCAUGAAGCAGAGCGCCAGUCCGAGGGCCUUCGUCACCACCCUGUCUAAAAUAACCGAAAAUCUGGCCAGCUCGUCCUUGUCAGGAGCGGCCGAAGUGUCGCCCAUUGUCAAACACGAACCGGGCAGCGGCUUGAUUUCUCCGCUGUCGCAGAUGGUCCACAAGAGGGCCUUGCAAUUUGAAAGUGGCCAGGUCGAGGAGGACAAAACGGUGCUCUACAGAAGUGAAUUGGCGCGCUUGUCGGCUAAAAAGGUGGUGCCUGAUGUUGCGCACCGCAAGCAGGAGUUCGAGAGUCUCAGCAAGGAGAGCAAGUCUUUGGACUGUGCACCGCGUUCUCCGCCUCCCUUGCAAAUUGUCCCUGUGGUGUCGGUGAGUCCCCCUCCCUUGCCCACGCCCCCGGCGUCCCCGACGCCCCCUGCCUCCCCCGCGGUCACUCCGACCAAGCUUCGAACGCGCGAAAUUUUCGGGUCCCUGUCGGGCAACAGGCUGAUCCCCGUCGGUGGCAGGUACAUACCCUGCGACGAUAUUCCUGGAUGGCUCGAGGACUUUGACGAGUCCAGUGACGAUUGCAAAAAAGAAUCCAACACGUCGGCAGAAGUGCAUCAACCGCCCCGUUCGCGGUCCAACUCGACCGAGUCGUGGCCCAAGGCACCAACCUCGUGGGACACACGUCGCUCUUCAACUCCCACUGUGAGCGAAUCGAACGCUGAGGUAACUGCUAGACCCGCUCGUCCCUCUCACUUAAACCUGCAGAACCCCGUGCGCCCUCCCUCACCCCCGCCGGCGUGCACCGCCGAAGACGGGGUGGCCACGGCCGCCGGUGCUGCGGAGCCUCGAGAAUCGGCCCAUACAGCACCUGAAGGUCGGAACAACAAUGAGGCAACACCUGCGGUCGUAGGCGGAGUGCAGCUGAGGAAGCUGCGCCAGCACUCGCUAGAAGUGGAGGCUGAGCGAGCCGUGCGCCGCGAGUCCUACCUCAAGGCGACGUGGAGCGAGCGCAUGGACAGCAGCGAUGUCAGCGACAACGACGCCGUCACCAAGCCCAGCUCCGAGUCGCCCGCUGGAAGCCCAAGCGACGAAAAGAGUCUCUCAAAAAUUCAAGAUCUGUUCGGCAAGCAGGCGGACAAAAUCCUGCGCGAAGGGUGGCUCCAGUGCAAGGUGUCCUUACUAGAAGGCAAGCGCGCGACCGACAGAUCUUGGAAGCAAGUGUGGGCCGUGCUGCGGACGAACGCCUUGCACCUGCGAAAGGAGCGUAGGGACAACACGAACCAGGGUGCUUCGGAGGAACAUGUGGUGCCCCUUCAAGGGUGCACAGUGGACGCGGCGGCCGACUACACGAAACGCAAGAAUGUCUUGCGCGUGGACACGUCCAUGGGCUCUCAGCUGCUUUUCCAGGCUGAGGACCCGCAGGACAUGGCUAAAUGGCUGCGGCUUCUGCGACCUCAGUCACUUGAGAGUUUCAAGGAUGACUCGAGCGGCGAAACGCCACCCACUUCCCCGCCGUUCAAUACUGGCAACGGCAGCCCGCCGCAAGGUCCCCGAAUCUCACCUGUGCCUGCACAUAAAGGAAUCCGCAAACUGACCACCUCGUUCAGAAAUCGGUCGCCCACCGGACAGUCGCCAGUCAACAAAACAAGGAAGCCUUGUCAGAACGAACCACUCGCCUCUCCGAAAACGAAAACGUGGAAGGGUCGGGUGGCCAAGCAGUUGCGGAAAAUGCAGGGCAACUCACCCAAUUCGCCCACUACCCCUCACCCUGAAGGCUGUACCAUUGGAAUCCCCCUUGAAUUUUGCCCACAGUCACACGUAUCAGAAUAUGUGCCUUGGUUGGUGGUGCAGUGCACCAGAAUUGUCGAGGAAAGAGGACUGGAAGUCAUCGGCAUUUACAGAGUACCUGGAAACACAGCAGCAGUCACUUCUCUUACUGAUGCAGCAAAUAGAGGCUCGGACGCCAACAAUUUACUGGAUCCCCGCUGGAACGACGUUAAUGUGAUUUCGAGUCUCCUCAAGUCAUUCUUCCGCAAGCUGCCGGACUCUCUUUUCACGUCGGAACUGUACCCUUGUUUUGUGCAAGCAGACAAGUUGGACGAGCCAAGCAAGAGGUUUAGAGAAAUAAGGAGAUUGGUGCAUGAACUGCCGGAUCACAAUUAUGAAACCCUGCGCUACCUGAUGGCCCACUUGACCAGGGUGGUCGACCAUUGCAACAUAAAUAAGAUGGAGGCGAAAAAUUUGGCCAUUGUCUUCGGACCCACUCUUUUGCGAGCCUCAGACGAUAAUAUGGUGGCAAUGGUCACAGACAUGCCUCACCAGUGCCGAAUAGUUGAAAGUCUCAUAUCUCAUGCCGAAUGGUUCUUUUCUGAUGAAGAGGAUCCUGAGGAUCCUAUUUCCAUUAGUCUGCCAUCGAGUUUACCUGAGCCGGACAGUGCAGCUGACGCAGCAAACCACGCUCUUCUGUUAAAUAACAUUCACAAAGUGGAAGGCUUGAAAGCCGAAUCGCCUAGUAAAGAACUGAGUGCCAAAGAAAUUGUUUCCUCCAUAAUUUCUGCAGCCAACAAAAAGAUGCAGAAAGCCAAGAGCAAGAAAGGCAUGCGCCUAAACUCCGAGGACAGCACGGACGCCCGAGACGGGGACGAAAAAAAUAACGACAAGAGUGGAAAAUCCGAAGGCGAACCUUCCGAAACUCCGAGUAUUGCAGCGUCGAUUUUGAGUUCAGUGCUUUUCUCCGGAAACAUCGUCAAGAGCAUCCACACCGCCAAUCCGGAGCAGACUUCCCAACAGGAACAACCCGCUGCUCCAGUCCCUGAGCCUGCAAAGGUGCUGGACGGCGCCCUCAUUCACACUUACACAGGGCUGAGCGCCAAUACUCAAGAAAGGGUGCGUCGUUUCGAAAUGGAGACGAAAGCUGUCCUCUCCAAGGACUACAGCAAACACUUUGAAGAAAGAAGGGGGUCCUUGAAUGGGGACAACGACGAAUUUUGCAACAGUCCGAUUGAAAAAAAGCUUCGGGUGCCUUCGGUUUUGGAUGAAAUCAGAAAGAAGCAGCCCGACAUGAAUCGAGACCAUGCAUCAAAUCGUCACAGUCUGCCCCUGAGUGCCAAGCCACCGUCUGGAUCUCCCCGAAUGUCUGCCGCUGCCUCGCACCAGUCCUCGCAAGACAGCCGGACCGCUUUGGCUGUGCUGACCUCGCUGCGGAAUAUCAGGAGAGGAAACUCGGUAGAGAACCUCUCCGCUUCCUCUCCACACGAUAAGACGGGUGUGGAUUCUCAGAAGAGUAAUGGAUCUUUGAAAAGGCUAAAGACUGAAAAUGAGAUGGGUUCUCCGUUUGCAAUGCGCUGUGGAUCACUGGACUCUCUGCAUGACAGUUGUGGGCCGGAGGGAGGCAAAGUGCCCGAAGGCCACUCCGACCGGCCGUUCAGUGAAAAUUCUGAUGAUGGCCACGAUCUGCUGGAGAGUCUGACGUCAACGUUUGAUCAGAAGAUGAAGUCGUUGAUGUUGCCAGAGGGGCUUCCAGCAGAACAAUCGUCUCUGGCUGAGAGCAAGGAAGAGCAGACCGAAUGCACGGGCGUCGAGUUCAGGCCCUACAGAGACCCGAGUCUCCAUAGAAGCAAGACAAAGUCGCAGGAGCAGAACAACAGUUCACCACAGGAGUCGCCAAACAAGUCGUCCAAGUCUCGCGAAAAGGAGAACCGGAGCCGCAAACGCGAUUCGGGCUCGGGUCUGAGCAAGCAGGAGAAGGAGGUGCGCAACAACAGCCAGGUGGUGGCGCCGUCGAACGCCUUCCUGGCGCGCAUGAAGCGCAAGAGCGGCGCCUACACGCACCGGGGCAUCAAGCGCCGGCACACGGUCGGGGGCACCAAAGACCUGGCCAAGAUCGGGUGGCCCGAGGAAGGGUCGCCCGGGCCGGUGCUCACCGAGGCCCAGCAGCAGGCGGCCCUGCGCAGUUGGCUGCAGAGGGGCCGCCUCCGCAGCAGCUCGCCCGAACUGAGCCCUCGCACGGCGGCCGUCGUGCUUUUGCUGGCCGCCGAACUGGCCGCCCUCAAGAAAUCGAGCAAAAAGUCAAGUCCGGACAUUCUGGCCGGCUUCGGCAUUCCUCUCGAGUCACACGUCUGAUCUGACUUCUCUGUAUUGUGAUUUUAAAGUUUUUAAAGUGAAUGAGAAUGAAUUUUCAAAACUCUUGCUUGAAAGUGUCGAUGGUGUGAGAGAAGAAGAAAAAAUAACUGCGAAUAAUUUUGAGUUUGAGAUGCAAAUUGUGAAACAAAAAACUCCCGUUCAUGUGAUCGAUAGAAGAAGAAAGAAAAAACUGGUGCCCUCGAAUGCAAAAUGAGUGUCAAGAAUUGCAGGUGCCCUGGUGGUAAAAUACGAUUGUAUCUUUUUAUUUGUUUUAAAGUGUAGAAAUUUGUAAAUAAAUCAAGUAGGUGUUAUCAGCUGAA